ACCUUUGUUUCGUCUGUGAUGGAUGAGUCCACCGGCAAGUUGGCGCUGUCUCGUGCGGCCUACGGACCAAUCACGUCCGUCCUGACUGGAGCGAGCUAAAACAGUUGAGAGGGAGAUGGCGCCCAGCUCGAAAUCAGAAAAGGACGAUAGCAAAAAGAAAUCUCAAAGAAAACACAAAGACCAUGUCGUGAAGCUUCUCAUGCGUGGGAAGCUGUCAGGACACUUUUCCCAGCGUCUCUUUAGAAAGCUGCCACCUCGAGUGUGUGUUCCAUUGAAGAACAUCGUCAGUGAGGAGUUCCUGAGAGCAGGACAUGUCUACCUGGGUUUCACCAAAUGCGGUCGCUACGUUCUGUCCUACACCAGCGACUGUGGAGAAGAUGACGAUUUCUCUUUCUACACCUACCAUCUCUAUUGGUGGGAGUUUAACCUGCACAGCAGACUCAAACAGGUCCAUCAUGUACGUCUGUUUGCAGGAGAGGAAAUCUACAGUGACCUCUACCUGACCGUGUGUGAGUGGCCAAAUGACCACUCCAAAAUUGUCAUAUUUGGCUUCAAUACACGCAGUUCAAGCUCCGUGCUGAUGAACCUAAUGAUGAGUGAUGAGAACAACAGAGACAUCUACAUCACCAUCGCCUCCAUGCCUCCACCUAAACCUUGCUCGUACUGCUGCCCUGUUCCCUCAGCCACUACCAUACGCACAGGAAGUGGUGAGUGUCUGGAGCAUGGCUAUGUGCUCAACAGCAGGUACCAGGUGGUGUACCCGUUCCCCACCUUCCAGCCAGCUUUCCAGCUGAAAAAGGACCAGGUCAUCCUGUUGAACACUAGCUACUCUCUGGUGGCCUGCGGCAUCUCGCUCUGCCCAGGGAAGCAGGGCCAGUCAUCACAGAUCCUGUAUACAAAGAGAGUGGCUCUGUCAAGUCAAGGCUCUACAUUUUCCCCCUCUACAUCGUCGGCCUCUUCUUCCUCACUACCUCAGGGAUCUCCCGAAAGCAGAGCGCCACCUAGCAGACCCACUCCCAUUCCCUCAUCUCCGAGCCAGUCACAAGCAACCAUUCGAGCGCGGGAGUUUGCAGCUGACAUCUUCAGGAGGGCUCAGGGAGGCGGAGGAGGAGGAAAAGAAGACGAAGGCCAGGUGGAGAGAGGCCCAACUGAUGGGACGAAGGAGGCAGCACAGAUAUCAGAAGACCAAGGGAGUCAUGUAGAGACAAAGAGGGAGGAGGCAGAUUGUAAAAAGAGGCGGGAGGAAGAGGAGAGACGGACUAUUUUACCACAAGCGUCGACAUCAAGCGGGAGCCACAGUUUGCCACAGUCCUCUGAGCAAGGGAUGUCUCCUGCCUCCUCUUCCUCAUGCUCUUCCUCUCCCCCAACCCCAUCCUCAUCCCAGGAGUUUGGCCCCAGCGAGCCCGGAUAUGUCAACUAUUCACUCCUGCAUUACCGCCUCCAACAGCCGGGGGCAGCGGAGCAGACUGCGGGAGGUGCAGGAGGUUAUGAAGACGAUAAAGCUCAGCUGCCUUUCACCGUCACGGACCUGAAAGGACGGAACCUGCAGCUGGUCACCGGGCCACACUGCGGACAGAGUGUGUGUGUGGAGCAGUUGACUUUAGACUUUGAGUACCUGAUCAAUGAGGUGAUCCGGAGCGAUGCUGCCUGGGCCCCUCAGUUCUGCUCGUUCAGCGACUACGAUGUUGUGAUAUUAGAGGUGUGUCCUGAAACCAACACUGUGAUGAUCAACAUUGGUCUGCUGUUGCUGGCCUUCUCCAACGUGGACGAAGAGCACUGCAGGCCAAACACGUAUCAUUCCAACCUGCAGGUCAGCUGGGACCUCAACACAGGUGUGUGUUGCACUGUGGGCGUAGGUGACCUGACAGAAGUCAAGGGUCAGACAAGUGGGAGUGUGUGGAGCUCCUACAGGAAGUCCUGCGUGAACACAGUGAUGAAGUGGUUGGUUCCCGAGAGCAGCUCCCGCUACAUCAACCGCAUGACCAACGAAGCUCUACACAAAGGCUCGUCCCUGCAAGUGCUGGCAGACAGUGACCGAUGUACCUGGAUUGUAUUAUGAAGAAAGAAGGCGCGACGAUGCCACGGAAACAGCCGAGCACACACAGAUGCACACCGCCUCAUCGUCAGUACGGAGCGCCCUCCCAAUCUGAGCAGAACGCAACACGUCCAGAGGCAGCGCUUUAGUAACAUGUAAAUCGGUGUGAAAUAGAAAACAAACUAAAACUCGCUCCCAUGCUGAAGAGAUGCAUUACUUUUUGGGGGGGGGGGGGGGGCUGUGUUAUAUUUGACAGGAUUCAUCUUUUUUGUUUAUUGUGUACUGUAUUAUGGCAACCACCAAAAGAGCUGGACUGAAGGAGGAUUUAGUUUUUAUAAAUAAACUGCUAUCGGGGUGUGUGUUUGUGUGCGCGCCUGCGUACCCCAGUCUCCGUGUCCGCAGCCACAUGAAGACGGACCUGGUGAGUUUGCCGAAGGAUGCUGCGUUAACAGGUUCUAGUUUCUGUGUGAGUGUAACAUUUGACAGCUGCUUUUGAACACGUUGUUCCCUCGCCUGGACCGGUUCAGUCCAAACGUGUUGAUAAAUACAAAAUGAGGGAAAUUGAACUCACAGUUCUGCAUCAACUGACACUUAAGGUCUUUUUUACACUCCUGUCAUGAAAGGGG